UGCUGCCAACAGCUUCUUUGUGUACACACUCCUACGCGGUUCACGUGAUAUUUUUAUCAAAUCUGACAGUGACAGCGACAAUAGUGAGCCUUUGGUAAGGUGAUUAAUGUGAUUAUCAAAUCAGUGACGCGCAAGAAAUACUUAUUGGUUAGUUUCGCGAUGUGCAAUAUUUAUAGCAAGUGAUUCAAGCAAAAAUUGGUUAAAAUGGCUGUGUGAUAAUGGAAAAGUUUCCACUGAAAAGGGGAGGUCCUCCGGCGACGCCAAAUAAUUCCCCAGCGUCUUAUCAGUCAGUUAACAAAAAGUACGCAAACGGCAACAAGAGAGCAAUCUUUGUGGCGUCUCCAGAUGAAGCCAUGAUUGACAUCCACACAUCCGGUCUCGGGGCCGCAGAAGAACAACGGACCACUAGAUUGGGAGAGGAGGAUGAUGGCAUAUCUCACUAUUCUGUAUCUUAUUCGGGAACACAUGAAUCAGCAGACAUUCCUGGUAUUGGACAGUAUGAAGAUUUUCAUACUAUCGAUUGGCAGCGGGAUAUUGCCAGAGACCGCAUGCGACACAGGUACAUCGUCAAAAAGAAACAGGAUUCCCUUUGGAAUUUGAUCGAAGGGGCCCACGAUGCUUGGUCAGGAUGGCUGUGUGUUCUGUUGGUGGGACUAUUCACAGGCACUGUUGCAGGUGUCAUCGACAUCGGGGCCAGUUGGAUGACAGAUCUGAAAUUUGGUCUUUGCCCUCAAGCGUUUUGGUUAAACCAAGAACAGUGCUGUUGGUCGUCUAACGAGACAAGUUUCGAAGCUGGAAAUUGCUCACAGUGGUCAACCUGGGCCGAAAUUUUGGGCCAGAGUCGAGUGGGGGCCGGAUCAUACAUAAUCUCUUAUUUAUUUUACAUAGUGUGGGCGUUACUCUUUGCCGCACUUUCUGCAUCCUUGGUGCGUAUGUUUGCCCCGUAUGCCUGCGGAUCUGGUAUUCCUGAGAUAAAAACUAUUCUUAGUGGCUUCAUAAUCAGAGGGUACCUGGGCAAAUGGACGCUGAUAAUAAAAUCUGUCGGUCUCAUACUGUCAGUAUCGGCAGGACUAAGUUUGGGUAAAGAAGGUCCCAUGGUACACAUUGCGUGUGCAAUAGGUAAUAUUUUAUCAUAUCUAUUUCCCAAGUACGGGAGGAAUGAAGCAAAGAAGAGGGAGAUUCUAUCAGCUUCGGCGGCAGCUGGGGUGUCUGUUGCUUUUGGCGCACCCAUUGGAGGAGUACUCUUCAGUUUAGAGGAGGUCAGCUACUACUUUCCUCUGAAAACUCUAUGGCGCUCAUUUUUCUGCGCCUUGAUCGCGGCAUUCGUUUUGAGAUCAAUUAAUCCAUUUGGUAAUGAACAUUCUGUUCUCUUCUACGUGGAAUAUAACAAACCAUGGAUAUUUUUCGAGCUGAUCCCAUUUAUUGGAUUGGGAAUUAUUGGGGGUGUGAUAGCAACAAUAUUCAUAAAAGCAAAUCUCUACUGGUGUAGAUACAGAAAAUACUCCAAACUGGGUCAAUACCCAGUGACGGAAGUUCUCGUAGUGACAGUGAUGACAGCCAUCAUAGCCUAUCCAAAUCCGUACACCAGAAUGAAUACCAGCCAGCUCAUUUAUUUGUUGUUCAGUCAGUGUGGCAUUUCCAACGCAGGUGAUUUGUGCGACUACAACCGCAACUUCACAAACGUAAACUCAGCCAUCGAAAUCGCUGCCGCCGGUCCAGGCGUCUACCGCGCCGUCUGGCUUCUCAUCCUCGCCCUCAUCCUCAAACUCAUCAUGACCGUCUUCACUUUCGGCAUGAAGGUGCCCUGCGGUCUUUUCAUCCCCUCGCUCUGCCUAGGAGCUAUCGUCGGUCGCAUAGUAGGCAUCGGAAUGGAGCAGCUAGCUUACACCUACCCCAAGAUAUGGCUGUUCAGCGGGGAAUGUUCCACGGGAGACGACUGCAUCACUCCCGGGUUGUACGCGAUGGUCGGAGCUGCCGCGGUACUCGGUGGCGUCACCAGGAUGACCGUGUCACUCGUGGUCAUCAUGUUCGAACUGACAGGGGGAGUAAGGUACAUCGUGCCGCUGAUGGCCGCUGCGAUGGCCAGCAAAUGGGUAGGCGACGCUUUGGGUAGGCAAGGCAUCUAUGACGCCCACAUCGCUCUGAACGGGUAUCCAUUCCUGGAUUCCAAGGACGAGUUUCAACAUACAUCGUUGGCAGCUGAUGUGAUGCAGCCAAAACGUAACGAAACAUUAAGCGUUAUUACACAGGACACGAUGACUGUGGAUGACGUAGAAGCAUUANUAUAUUAUUUUUAUUAUAAUGAAUAUAUGAUUUAUACUACUUUUCAUCAUUUUUAUUUUUGUUUCAGGCGACUGCUUGGUGUAAUAACGAAAAAGGAUGUGCUGAGACAUAUAAAGCAAAUGGAUAAUGAGGAUCCAAACUCGGUGUUAUUCAACUAAGUUAAUCGAAUUGAAAUUUUUUGUAUAAAAGUACCUUGCUGUAUAGAUUGAUUUUAUAACAUUUAAGUUGAAGCAAUUAAUUCUCACUAUAUUUAUUACUACUGUUUUUAUUUCAAACCGACGUUAUUUUCAACGUGUAAUUGUCUUCCCCAUCACCACUUGAGAUUCAAUUAUUUCAUUAUUUGAUAAAAUAUUCAAAUUUGUAUAUUUCUGUAUGUGGAUUCUAAAUGCUCAGAAGGAUAUAUAUAAAAUAAACGAUUUUUAUAAAUAG